AUGGGGGAGGCGGUGCUCUCCCAGGCGGCGAUGAACCUCUUCUUCCGCUACGCCAGCGCUGGCAUCGUUACCGACGACCCCCAGGGACAAGACAUGUACAGCAUGCGCUCCUCCUCCUCCUGGGCUCGCUCCGACCUCCUCUGGCCCGUUAAGACCCAAGGCCCCUGCGGCGACUGCUGGGCGUACGCGGUGGUGGGCAGCAUCGAAACAGCCUACAGCAUCAUGGCGAACCUGUCACUGGCACCGGUGCUGGCAGUGCAGCCGCUGACCACCGCCAUGAAGGCCGGCUGCUCCGGUAGCACGCCCUCCCAGGCCUUCCAGUUGCUGCUCAAGUUGGCUCGCCGGGGAGGGGGGGGGCAGCUUAUGAUAACGAGUGACUGGGCUGGCAGGAGUGGGAAUAGGAAUGGCAAGAGGAGGGGUAAGGUGAUGGGCAGGAGUGGGAUGUGCUCGCCGCUGCUGAAGCCGCUGGCGAUGCUGCUGGGCGUGCCAUGCAGUAAUGGCAGUGGCGCCAUAAAGCUACUAAUCCUUGCCCGUGUGUCUCUCCAACUAUGCCCCCCGCAGCGCGGCGGGGUCAGUGAGCUCUUCAUCAGGGGCUUUGAGUCGACGUCCUUCUACGGCUGGUUUGGGCUGCUGCUGGCCGUGCAGCGCCAGCCAGUGGUGGUGCACAUAGAGGCGUCAGCCCCAUCUUUCAAGGAUUACGAUGGGGUGAGUGGAGGGCUACAAUGGCUUGACGCAAUGACUACGAUGAGCAUGGGGAUCGUCUGA